AUGCCCAACAGUCCUGCCAUCCAAGCCCCGCAUGUAAUGCACAAGCACUCUAACAAGGGUUUCAUUCUUAGUGUUAGUCCUGGCAUAUUCAAUUGGUCCAGCACCGAAGAAGCUUAUGCUGAAUGCCCUGAACUCUUCCAACUCGAGAACCCCCAAAUGAGAGAUACUUUCGUUACUAAUGGACCUAACGGACCAACAUGGAUGAUAGUGCGGUACCAGGUUGUUAACCCUGGACCCUUCAUCUUCCACUGCCAUAUCCAGACUCAUAUGGCCAAUGGAAUGGCUGUUGCUCUACUCGACGGUAUUGAUGUGUGGCCUCAGGUCCCCGAGGGUGAGGACUAG